UGUCAUUACAAUCAUUGCUGUAGGCCAGUUAUUUGUUUACCGCAUCGCACAUCGGAACGAAAUAAGGCUAGCACGGUAUUUGCUUUCCCCCUCGGAAAUACCAUCGAAAUGGGAACGGACGAUCUCAGUAAAGGGGAGAAAAUUCUGAACGGGUUUCAAAUCAACUGGAUGAUACUGCGGGAUGCGGAUACGGGUAAGAUUAUCUGGCAGGAGAACAAGGAUUUCUCCUGUCCCGACGUCGAACACGAAGCAAAGGUGCCGGUAAAGAUACUCAGCUUGCGUGCCGUCUCACGGGAAAUCAACUUCAGCACCAUCGAAGCGAUGGAAAACUUUCGGCUCGAUCAGAAGGUACUCUUCAAGGGGCGUAUUAUGGAGGAAUGGUUUUUCGAGAUGGGAUGGGUCAGCCCGAACACCACCAACACCUGGCAAUCGACCAUAGAGGCCGCACCAGAGUCGCAGAUGAUGCCGGCUAAAGUACUGAACGGAAACGUGACCAUCGAAACAUGCUUUUACGAUGGCGAAACACUAAUCAGCAAAUCGGUUGUGCGGUUGUACUACAUUUAGAAGCGGACCGUGCUCGUACCUCGCAUGGGUGCUAGCUAGCACCGCGGACUUUAACUCGUUAGUGCAAACACUUUUCAACGAAAUCCUUUUUCACCCCUGCCAUGUUGAUGGAAUGGACUACAAUCACGCUGAUUCUUAUAAUAACUUGCCCAGUUUCAUGGGACCACACGCAUCGUACGAUUCUUAUGGGCACCCUACCGCUGGACCUUUUUAAUCACGGAACAGGCAAUGGUCGAAUUCUCAACGUUUGAGUCAUUUUGCUACGAAGCUACAUUUUGUUGCAGUACUCUAUAACACGACACGAUGUCUAGGAGAGAUGUUAGAUAGAAUUUCAACAGCUAGCGGUAAAGCUACAACAAACAAGCGUCUGAAGCAGCUUAGGAAUGGGUAACGAUUCAUUCUAUGAAUCUUCAUUCGAAUUCGCACUAAUGCGCACGCCUGCUGCUGGUGCCCACUAAGCUAAUCAACUUAACGAUAAGUUAUCACAGGAUUAAGCACCGUUUUAUGUGUAAGUGAAAUUUUUACAUUAAUGUAAGUGGCGCUGAACUACUUGCCUAAGUUCAGCUUCAAGGAAGCUGUGUCCUUUAUGUUUACAUAAAUGAAUACCGAUAAAUACAUGUCACCAAAUGUACGUAAGCAAUAAAUAAA